AGCCGCUCUCCUACCGACGCGACGCUCUUCCUCAGUAGGAGCAUUCAACAGAAAGCGUAUGCCGUAUCUGUCGGUCAAGUUCUGUACUCUACGGUGUGUUAAUGCUUUGUGCAAAACGUUGACUACAGUUUGGUCAAUUUAGCCAAAGAACUGUCUAGAGCACGAGGCUAUUGUUGAGUUUUACACUUAGGAAGGUCCAUGGAACCCCAUGGACAGGCCUGCAGAGUGUGUGUGUAUGUUUUAGGUACACUCUGAUGGCUUCUGGAUCAGUAAGCCGUUUGGCAGCUCUGCCACGGACAGAGAUCCUCAUAUACUGGAUACUCUCCUUUGGUUCUCAUUUCUACUCUUUCUAUCAACUGCACAGAUUCUCCAAAGAACACAAAGCAGGAUUGGAGAGAGAUUUGCAGCUGGAACCAGGACUUCUUCCAGGCUUAAGGAGGGACCCUGCAGACUUUGAGUGGAGUUUCUGGACUGAGUGGAGCAGGAAGUCUCUGCUGUGGUCUCUGACCGGCCAUGCUCUGCUCUCCAUCUCCACAGGCCUCUUCAUACCCAAGCUCAGGGUGCCGGUGCUGCUGGUGUACGGCCUGCUGGCGGCCGGCGGUGUCUUGGGGCUGAAGGGUGUGUGCGUGCUGCUGCUCCACCUUGGCCUGUCCUUCACCGUGGCUCAGCUGCGGCGGCCGGCCCUGUGUUGGGCCUGCAGUCUGCUGUCACUCUCCACCCUCCACAUCCCCUCACUGCUCAAGAUACAGAGAGCAUGGUAUGACACAGAAGAGGAAUACUAUCUGCUGCUGUUUAGCGUGGCGGUCUGCGGCCUCCGCAUCAUCAGCUUCAGCCUGGAGCACUGCUGGCGCCCCCUGGAGGCCGUCGGGGUAGUGCAGCUCUUCUGGUUGCUCUCCUACUCCUUCUACCAUCCCUUGUUCUACAAUGGGCCGAUCAUCACCUUCAAGGACUACACACAGCAGAUGAGGCGCUCGGCGGGGGAGACCUUCUCCGUGGACGGCGUCCUCCGUUACCUGGUUCUCCGAACGGGAAGGAUCGUCCUGUGGUGGCUGACGGCGGAGUACAUGAUCCACGCCAUGUACAUGCACGCCAUCCAGGCUAAUGAGUCCUACUUAGAGAGCCUCCCUCCUUGGGCCCUGGGCGGCCUGGCGCUGGCUCUGGUCCAGUUCUUCUACGUCAAGUACCUGGUGCUGUUCGGCCUGCCCUCCAUGCUGGCCACGCUGGACCGGCUGUCGCCCCCCGCGCUGCCCCGCUGCGUGAGCACCAUGCACAGCUUCACAGGCAUGUGGAGGCACUUUGAUGAGGGUCUGUACCGCUGGCUCAUCAGGUACAUCUACGUUCCUCUGGGAGGCUCCCGCUACGGCCCUGCCUACAAAGCCCUGGCCACCGGCCUGGCCUUUGGCUUUGUGUGCCUCUGGCACGGCGGCCACGACUACCUGCAGUACUGGGCCUUAAUGAACUGGGCCGGGGUGCUGGUGGAGACCGCACUCAAGGCCCUCUUUGCAACCUCCGUCGUGGAAUCCUUUAUUGAGCGGACCCUCUCGGCGGCCAUGAAGCGGCGCGGGUUGGCCCUCCUGUCGGGCGGCUCCACCGCCAUGCUCAUCCUCUCUAACCUGCUCUUCCUCGGGGGGACGCACGUCGGACGUCUCUUCUGGAAGCGUGUCUUCGUCCAAGGCUGGUCAACCAUCGCUCCACCCAUGUUGGCUUUCCUGUACUGCUUCGCUCAGGUCGGCCUGGAACGCGCACCCUGACCCCGCCCCACCCCGACAGUCCCCUAUACAGUAACAAGGUCGACGAGAACUGCUGUUAGUCCACUCAGCAGGCUCCGGUGUCCGCGGCUCCUCGGGCCCCCAGCCAGCGUGUCGUCUGUCAGGCAGGACCCAGCCAAACUCCCCCGGACUGAAGUGGAGCCAGACACCUUACAGCGACGCUGGGCCGCUUCAGAGGGCUGACGGGGGGCUGCCUGGGCCAGCACAGCUUCAACACAUUCAACCUCAGCACAGUUGCCAAUCGUGAUCAUUUCCAAUCGUUGUUUGUAUUAAAUUUGUUUUCUAAUCCUGAAAGCGACACUGAAUAUCGGUUUGAACUGUUAGUUUAAGCAAAAACAAAUAAAGCUGCUAUAACAAAGGAAAUAUGAGAUAUAUUUAUAUAAUGCUUAAUGAUGACACUAGCAUUAACGCAAGUCUAGAUAUCCUUUAUGGUUUGUUAAAUGGAUCAUUGCAAUGCUGUAUUUGUUCUAUUGUGGAAAUGUAUGAUGGAUGUUUCGUAACAACUAAUCAUUUUAUUUUUUUCAACAGUUUCUGAAAUAAAUGUUUUUUUAAUCCCAAA